AUGGAAUUAUUUGAAUCUGAAGAUCACUAUAUAUUGCAAGAUGGAGAUCAUGCACUUUGGUGUGACAGAAGGAGUGGAUUAUUGGAUCCCAAAACAGGUGGAGAUAUAUGUUCAGCCUGGAAUCCUGUCUGUCUUGGGAAGGUGCAUGGCAUCAUUGGAAAAAUUCAAGUUCAACAAGAAAAUACCAAAAGACUGUUACUAAUACGAGACCAGGUCGAAGUUGGUAAAGUUCUCGAUCAUAUGGUGUAUAGGAUCACAAAGAUUGCCCUGUUACCAUUGACAACAGAUCCCACCCCUAACCUUGAUCUAGAGAGAUGCGCAAAACAUCAUUUUGGAAUCAAACCCACAGAGAAAAUAGUGCAGAAAGGUCAACCUAUGUCAGUACAGAAGACUUGGAACCAGAUAAAAAAUGUAGCCGAAAAUGUGAAGCCAAAGAAGAAGGAUUCUAAAGACAAAGAUAGACUAGAAAGGAAGAUAUUAGAGGAACUCGAGAAAAUGUUUGCGGACAAUAACUCCUUUUACUACUCACCAGGGGGUGAUCUCACCAAUACUGUGCAGCGUCAACACAGUGACACCUAUACACAACCCACCAACAUAAGAGACAAAUUCGACACCAGAUUUUUCUGGAAUUUUCACAUGUUACAGGAUCUCAUAUCUUCCCAGAGUCCACUAGCAGACAGGUGGAUUGUGCCAAUCAUACAGGGCUUUGUACAAGUGAAGGCCUGUGUGCUGGACUUUGAUGAAAACCAUGGCAUCCAUGACCAAGGAAAACUAGACUCUCUUUUAGACCAUUACAACAUAUGUAUUGUGUCCAGGCGGAGCAGAUAUCGUGCAGGAACUCGCUACAAAAGAAGGGGUCUUGAUGCGGAUGGUCACUGCGCUAACUACGUGGAAACAGAACAGAUCGUGGAAUUUGCAAGCCACAAGGUUGCGUUUGUUCAAGUUAGAGGAUCAGUUCCUGUGUACUGGAGUCAGACUGGAUCAAAGUACAGACCUCCACCAAAGAUUGACAAAGGUAAGGCCCAUAGCCUUAUAUUAUAG